AUGCUGCUGGCGGCGAGCCCAACCAAGGAAGAGUGGGACGUGCACCUGCAAGAAUGCCAGCGCUUGCUGAUGGAGGGGUUGGUCGUUCGCGGGCAGCUGCUAGACGAGCGCAAUCAUGAUGUGGAUGACGCACAUGCCAGGCAUGUGCGUUUGCAGCCGUACAAGACCAUCGAGGAGCUGGACGAGUUCCGGAACCCCACACCCAUGCACUUAGCCCUGCCCUUCCUCAACGUGUUCCACGGUCUUUAUGGCGGCAGCGUCCCGCUCCACCAAGGUCCACGCACCCAUGCUGCUCCACGACGCGGACAAUCACGACAACGGAGCGGAGGACGAGGAAGAGGAUCGGCCACGUGGAGAUGGGAGGUAGUGGACGACGAGGCCAUCUACAUAGGUACAUCCCACACACACUCGUUCCCUUAG